ACAAAUCUGGGGUUUCGAUGAUUUCCAUUUAUACACACAAAACCAUCCUUGGGUUGGAGAAGAAGGAAACAACAUAACCGUCCAAAGCUUCUCUCUCUUCCAUUUCCCACCUAUAAAACUAGAUGGAAAAAAUACACACUGUGCUUCUCAUGAUGAUAGUGUAGCUGACGCUCCUUCUGCAGCAGCAUUUAUGAUUUGGACACAAAAAAGUUUCAAACUUUUCAGUUCUCUGAGUUUCUGUCUUUGUAGCUGAGGUAUGGAAAUAAUUUCAUCUGGCUUCAUAAACACAGCAUCUUUCAAGGACAGUAUGGUACUUAUCAAUUUUGAAGGAGUUCAAUACUUUGCCCUAUUAGUUGGUUCUGUGAAAUUUGUAUUGGCAUUGCUACAUCAGAAAUUCUUCCGAACAAUCCCAUAAUCAACCAUGUCAUUAUUGGCUAAACUACGUUGUGUCACUAUAGAUGUCACUGGUACCCUAAUGGCUUACAAAGGGGAGCUCGGUGACUAUUAUUGCAUGGCAGCCAAAGCUGCAGGCAAACCAUGCCCAGACUACCAACGUAUGCACGAGGGCUUUAAGCUUGCAUAUAAGGAAAUGGCAAAGAAUUAUCCAUGUUUUGGGCAUGCAGCCAAAAUGCCAAACAUUGUGUGGUGGAAAACCUGUGUGCGAGAUUCUUUUGUCAGGGCUGGAUAUGAAUAUGAUGAAGAGACAUUUGAGAAAAUCUUCAGACGUAUAUAUGCAUCCUUUGGUUCAUCUGCUCCGUAUACUGUAUUUCCAGACUCCCAACCAUUUCUUAGAUGGCUUCGUGGAGAGGGUCUCAAAGUUGGUAUUGUGAGCAAUGCUGAGUAUCGAUAUCAAGAUGUAAUUCUUCCAGCUUUGGGUUUAAACGAGGGAUCUGAGUGGGAUUUUGGCGUGUUUUCCGGCCUUGAAGGUGUCGAGAAACCAAACCCGAAAAUUUACGAGAUUGCACUUGAGAGGGCUGGAAACAUUGCACCUGAAGAAGCUUUGCACAUUGGGGACAGCAUGCGCAAAGACUAUGAGCCAGCUAAGAGCAUAGGGAUGCAUGCACUAUUGUUGGAUAGGUUUAAGACCCCAGAUGCUGUGGAAUGGAGGAAAUCUGGGGCAGUUGUUCUUCCUGAUUUAUUGGCAGCAAAAGAAUGGCUGUCUUCAGAUAAGUCAAAUUGCUAGAGAUCAGAUAAUGGCUCUAUCUUUGCUCAAAUGUAUUUAAGUAUCAUCUUCACCCCUCAAAUAGUAUUACCGUGGCUUGUGAUAUUCUACCAUUACAUAUGUGGCUGAAUAUUUCUCUCUAGAGCCAUACUUGAGAAUCAGAUGGCUAAGAGUUAGAUGUAGCUCAAAUCCAACUUUGCAAUACAAAUAUAUUCGAAAGUUACUCUCUUUUCCAUAGGGUUCUGUGAUUUUGCCCGGUUACAAGCAUAUCAAAUUUGGAUACUUUUA